AUGUUAGUAGGACUUGCUGCUUUGCCGCUACCGUUGCCCAAUAUGAUAUAUUCGCCGCCCUUCGAUAUCCUCUCCGUUAUGGGGUUCAUCGUGACUGCUACCGGUCUGGCCGUGGCAUUCGAUAAGCGCAGUUUACAAGACAUGUUCUUCGUAAAGCGUUACCACACCUAUGAGCAUCAUCUGCCGCUCGUUGUCGUUGGCCUGAACUGGCUAGUCUCGUGGGUCUUCGUCACUACUUUGUGUCUGGAGAGUUGUGAGACUCGACUUCUACACACGGCUCAGACCUUGAGCGACCUUUCCACAACAAGCAAAAAUUUGGAUAGAUAUUCCCCAUUGCUCCUCGGCUCACUCUGGUACUUGGUCACCAUGUUCGCAUGUUUGUCCCUGAACAGUCGCAAUGGUCAACACCUAACGUCUAGGAGCUCUACCGUGUGUGGAAUACCCCAUCCCGUGGCACUCUACUGGGUUACAACCGCAUUGGUAUUGGCCGUCGAUAAGAACCCAAUCGAGGCUGCGGUCCUGGUCAUUACCCAUCUCAUAGCUAUCGUACUUUACAAGCUCUAUUUGACUAGGGAGAUUCGAAAGGCUCCAAAGCGUAGUCCCUCUAAGGUGGGCCUUUUCUGUGGUGCAUUACUACUCGUGGUGGCCCCCCUUACUGCGAGUCUCAUCGCCACGACAAUUUUGAUAUAUGCACUUCUCAAUCGCUUCUGCUGGGGGGUGUUGACACCCCAGUCGUGGCGUCAAACUGUGAAGGAAAAAGGACGAGGAAUUUUACGUAUGGUGGCUCGAACGAUUAUGAGCCAAGAACGCUUAUACGUGUAUCUGCCCACCUACGUGCUUGCUCUUGUUAUCCCGAUAUUCUUGACAUGCAUAUUUUUCAAAGAGAAGUCAGCACCAUAUGAAGGGGUUUUCAUAGUGAACCCUGUACAUUUCGUCGCCUACCAUUUAUUCCGUCUUGGACCGUACUUCAGCUUCUUCGCUCACACUCAUGCUAUCGUUCAUAUAGAAGCCCAUUCCUCAGUGCCAAUGUUUAGAGGCUCUUGGAGGAUCUUCAAUAGACUCAUCGAAUGGGGAGCCUUCAUGUUCUAUGGAGGAGUGCCAGAGGGUUACAAAAUUGGACAUAACAAAGUUCAUCACAAGUACAAUAAUGGUCUCCUUGAUGAUUCGGCCACAAUGGAAUUCGAUCGUAACCAUCCGAGGCAGUUCAUCUUAUAUCUAGCCAAGUUCUAUCUGUUCUGGUCUGGGCUGAGUGUAAGCUGGCAUCUUUAUAUGCGUGGGGAGAAAGGGUUGGCUUGGAAGCAGUUGAAGGGUACUCUUGCCUUUUAUGGCAUCAUGUUAGCAUUGUUGAUGCUAGAUUGGCGAUUCGCUGUCGCGUAUUGGGUGUAUCCUCACAUCGAGGCCACCACCCUCCUGGCUGCGAUUAACUACACUUGGCAUGCCUGGGUGGACCCGCGGGAUCCCGACAAUGAUUAUAUAACGAGUAUCACCAUUCUUGAUGGUCAUUAUAAUACUUUUGAAGCGGAUUUCCAUGUUGUUCACCACCAGCAUCCUACCCUAUGGUACGAGGACUGCCCUAAAGUCUUCGAUAAGGAGAUCGAGGUUUAUAAGAAACAAAAAGCAACGAUCUUCCGAGGCACACAAGCAUUCGAGCUGUUCAUACUCAUCGUAACCAACAACAUAGAUCGCUUGGCCACGCUAUUCGUUGACUUGAGCGGGGAGUUGUCCCACGAAGAGAUUAAGGAAUUGCUACGCUAUCGUAUGUCUGCGAUUCCGGCUAGUUGAAGGCCACGUCAAGAUUUAUGUUGUUAUGUUGUAGAUGACUGGAAUCUCUACAUGGUAGUCGGUUUUAGUCCGUCACAGAUAGUGUUAUCCUCUGUG